UACUAACUAAACCAAGGCAAUGAACCAAUGAUGCCAUUUUUAUUUUCAAAUUAAUGAAAAUUCAUUAUGUCCAAAAUAUCAAUAGUUCUUGUUUGUGGGCUUCCCGCGUCAGGCAAGACAUCAGUGUGCAAAUACCUGUUAAGAUCUUCAAAUAAUUCUAAAAUCCCUGUAAGAUCUGAAAAUACCAAGUGUGAGAACAUAGGAUCUUCAAAUAAUUCUAAAAUUCCUGUAACAUCUGAAAAUACAAAGUGUGAGAACAUCCAAACUACGCUCACUUGUUGCAAUACCGAAACUGAAAGUAUCACUGCUUCCUCGAAGUCAUUUUCUUACAUUCACGUUUGUUAUGAUAGACUCAUUCCUCUGGCAGAGCAAGAAAAAUAUGCAUCUCUAGCACGAGGUUUGGAGUGUGGUAAAGACACAGAAGAGGAUUCAAUCAAAUGCAUGUACUUGAAAGCUGCACGAAAGGAGGUGUUGAUGAAAGUUGAGACGUUACUACGCAUUCUUUCUGGAGAUGAAACAGCUGCAUUAUCAGAAUUAGAAAAGCUCGUCAGUAAAUGGCCAAUUUCGUUAUCUUUGUCACUCCUCUUCCCUGGCUCCUUUGUCAUUCUCGUUGACGAUAACUUUUAUUAUGAAAGCAUGCGCUUGGAGUAUUAUUCUUUGGCUUCCAAGUACAAAACUGGUUUCUGUGAAAUAGUUCUGCGCUGCUCAUUAAAUGAAUGUUUACAACGUAACGCGUUGCGUGCGAUGGAAGAAAGAGUCCCAGAUGAAGUUAUUGAGCGCAUGGCUUCCAAGUGUGAUUUCGACUCAUAUUUGAAGACGGAUGAUCUAUCUUGUGUACGUGUUGUCCUUGAAUCCACCAAUGGUUCAGAUCUAUCUACACUGGAAUACAAAAUAAUCCUCGAAAAAGCAUUUUGGGCGAGUUUGAACAUGCCUGUAGAUAAUUCCUCGCUGCUGCUGCGUCAUGAAGCACUUGUGAAACAAGCUGCUGAUAGUAGGCAAAUUUGUUCCAAGAAUAUUAUUCACCGAGCAGACAAUAUAUUGAAGAAAAAUGUAUCUCAGAUUGUAAAUGAUUUUAAAGCUGGUGCUUACAAGUGCGACAGUGGCAUUGGAGUGAGAGACGUGGUUUCUGUAGCCAACGAAGUGAAGAACACCUUAAGAGAAGAACUUAAGCGACAGAUGUCUGCACUUGGUCCAGAUCAUGUGGAACAUUUUAUGCUAAGUUUGAAUGAUUCUUUUCAUAGAGAAUUACGCAGGCGCCUGUUGACUACUUCAUAGCAGACAUAGUGUUUCGCUGAUUUUUUUUUAUGAAAGCCCGCCCCCCCCCCCUUGCAAAUUCGCUGCAAAUUCGCUUACUCCAUUCUCAUAAACGUAAUUAUGUUCAAUUAUGAGGCACACAAAUUUUUUAAGUAUUUUUCCGCUUCAUUUGGAAACCUUCAGUUGAUCAAGCGAUUUACUUUUUAAAUCUCAUAAUUUUCAUAAAUAUUUAAUGUUGUUGCGCCAUUCAGCCUCACUAUCAGUGCCAUUUAAGACAACGUAAUUGACUAUUGAAUGUGUUUAUACUUCCAAAUCCUCUCUUUUGUAUUUCCUCAGAAUUUGUGAAUAAUUAAAAUGUAUUGUUGUUGAUGCUUCCAACUACUCUCUUUUGUAUUUCUUCUUAAUUUGUGAAUAAAUGAAAUUAUUUU